CAUAAACGUCUCGGCUCGUUGGCUGGCACAACUUUCGUCAAGCUUGAGCGGUCAUUACUUCUACGCGUAUAAAUAUACCUCCACCACGAUGGAUUUGACCCUCACUUCCCCAUCUCGUUCACCCUUCACCCUUCUUUGAACCCGCUACCGUUUCGUUCAACAUGCGCUGGGUUGCUCCUCUCACUGUCCUCGCUGCCUGUGCUGCUAAGGCUGUUGCCGCCGACUCGUUCACCGGCACAAGCAAUUUCUACGCCUACGCGCUGCCCAAGUCCGAGCAGCAGGCGCUUCUCCAGGGCAUGUCUGACGCUGGAAUGAAGGUUCUCCGCACGUUCGUCCAGGGCGUCCCCGCCGGUCAGAAGGGCAGCGACAAUAUCCAGGUUAACGACGUUGAGGGCAACGGCAUUGGCCAGUGGGACGACACCAUCUUGAACGCCAUCGACGAACUCAUGGUUCUCGCCCAGGGCUACGGUGUCAAGCUGCUCAUCUCCAUGUAUGACAAGAAUACGCUUGCUGCCGGUGGCCCCUACAACGCCAAGUACGGCGAGUCUGGUUUCUACACCAACUCCGACGCCCUCUCGGACUAUAGCAACCGUAUCACCUACAUCCUCAACACCCACAAGAACUCUCAGGCCAACAACCAGCCAUGGUCCGAGCUUGGCGACUACAUUUUCGGUUAUGAUGUCAUGAACGAACCCAUGAUCAACCAGGGCGCCUCCUUCUUCGAGUCGAACCUCGACUGGGUGUGCAACGUCGCCAAGCAGAUCCGCGGCAACGUCGGCGAUGCGAACCAACUCAUCUUCACCGGUGGCAACUCCGCGGGUGUCUCCGUCCAGGACCGCUUCUUCGAGUCGGACUGCGCCAUCGACGCCAUCGCCGUGCACGACUACACCGACGGGUACGAUUCGUACCUCCCCGACGCCAUCUCCAAGGCGAACAGCGCGGGCAAGAAGCUCAUCAUUGAGGAGUGGGGCUCACUCGUCGGCGGCGACCGUGACUCGAACCUCCAGUCUAACGUACAGAAGAUGAACCAAUACGGCGUGUCAUGGAUCUACUGGGAGCUCAUCACCAAUACCGACCCCAACCAGGGUGAGGACUAUGAGAUUGACAUCGGUGGUGAUGACUGGUCUACGAUCCAAUCCCUUGCCAAGACUACCGCAGGAACGACUGGCGCCUUCGAUUUCUCUGCUUCCCUUUGAUUUGAUUUGGAACUAGUUGCACAUACUUAAAGCCCUUCUUCAGGGUAUACUUACAAUGCAUCGCGACAUUACGCAGUAGACACGGCGUGCUUGGGUUUUGGAUAUAAC